CAUGGUCACAUGAUACAGUGAUGCGGAAGUAUGAAACCGAUGUUUUGCUAGGCUAUCUUGUAGUCGAUCUGUAAGCUAUAACAGACAACUAAACUCCUUUAAACUCUAUAUUUUCUUCGAGGUUUUUCUCAAAGUGUCUUUAGGAAGAAAUCAAAAUCCAAUGGUGAGGAUGACACAGAGGCACUGCCUGGAGGGCCAGGUGUACUCGGUGCCCCUCAUUCAACCAGAUCUGAGGCGAGAGGAGGCUGUUCAUCAGAUAGCAGACGCAUUGCUGUAUCUUGAGUUGAUCUCCACUGACAUUUUCAGAAGGGUUUCCGAAAGCGUAGAGAAAAACCGACGCCAGCUGCAGAGCGUUUCUGACCGUAUCAGACUAGCUCAGGCCCGUGUUGACAAGAUUAAAGGCAGCAAGAAGGCCACCAAGGUUUUCUCCAGUGCCAAGUACCCAGCCCCAGACCAUCUUCAGGACUACUCAUCUAUCUUCUCUGGGGCAGUGGACCCUUCCUCACAAAACCGUCCCCAUCACAAGAUACAGAAUAAACUUCGUCCGUUUGAUGAGAAGGCAUGGCAGGAGAAGCUAACGUAUUUCCCAGUGUGUGUGAGGAAUAAGAAGAAGUCUGAAGAUGAGACAGAAGAGGGAUUGGGCAGUCUGCCUCGGAACAUCUCAUCUGUUAGCUCUCUGCUGCUCUUCAAUACUACCGAGAAUCUUUACAAAAAGUACGUGUUCCUCGACCCUUUGGCGGGAGCAGUGACAAAAACACACACCACGCUGGAAACAGAGAAAGAGGGGAAACCCUUUGAUGCUCCUUUGUCCAUCGCACAGAGAGAACAACUAGAGCGACAGACAGCAGAAAAUUAUUUCUACAUGCCAGAUCUGGGUCAGGUUCCUGAGAUAGACGUGCCAUCCUAUCUUCCUGACCUUCCAGGUAUCGCUGACGACCUGUCGUACUGCGCUGACCUCGGACCUGGGUUCGCUCCAUCAGGACCAACGCAGAACAUCCCUGAGCUGCCCUCCUUCUCUCGGGAGAGUACUGCAUCAGGAGAUCUGCCCCAAAUAAACUCUCCUCCUCCUCCCCCUCCGCCUCCUCCUCCUGCCCUCACUCCCACAGCUCCUGCUGGAGCUCCUCCACCACCACCACCACCUCCACCACCACCACCACCACCUCCUCCCAUAGAGACAAAAGUCGAUAAAGUUCCAAGUUCAGGCCCGGUGUCCGGCGCUCCGAGCGAAGUGGUGCAGCCGUCAGACGGCCGCGCCAGCCUGCUGGAAUCCAUCCGCAACGCCGGCGGCAUUGGCAAAGCCAAGUUACGCAACGUUAAAGAACGCAAGAUGGAGAAGAAGAAACAAAAGGAGCAAGAGCAAGCGGUCAGAGCAGCGUCGAGUGGUGGAGACUUCAUGUCUGACCUCUUUAACAAACUCGCCAUGCGUAGAAAAGGUAUUUCUGGAAAAGUCCCAGCUGCUGGAGAGUCAGAAGCUCCUGCUGGUACGGGAGGAGCGUUCGCCAGGAUGUCAGACGUCAUCCCGCCUCCUCCAGCUCCACAAACGGCAACAGACGAUGACGACUGGGAAGCAUGAUGCACUAAACAGCAAACAGGGACUUUUGGGGGGAUUUAGCACAUAAUUAGGACAUUUCAAUCAACAGGCUUCAUGAUUUUAAUGCUAAAUGUGUUCAGUCAUUUGUCUAAAGCUGAAAUAAACAUAAACACACAAUAGUUAGAAUACUUUAUUGAUUUCUUAACAGUUUGUAUUCAAAAUAUCACUUUGUUAUUUUGAUAUUAAAACAUCUGAGUGAACCAGUCAGAUCAUUACUAAAUGAACAACUGGAUAAAUGUGUGUAGAAGCUCCUAGUUUUUCAUUUCACUAACAUUUAAAUUAUUAAACCCGAAAAUGACAAAUGUUCCUUUUAUCUGCAAUGUGCCAUUAAAUUACUUCCAUUCUUAAAUUUUAAACCUUGACAAGGAACAUUUAAAUAAAGUGAUAAAUCCAAAA